GCGUGAGGAGCUUGACAAUCAAUGACCAAAGGGAGGUAAUGCUCCAAAGUCCACAGGCUGUAACCAAAGCGUCACGCCAUUCAUCAUUCAGUGUUAGAGCAUAGUGCACGUGGGCCAUAGUAACUGUUCUCAUUCCUACACAAUGGCAGACGAAGCAGCAUUCAACACGGCGGCUGAAGAAGUAAAAAACUUGAAGACCAAACCGUCAGAUUCCGAAAUGUUGGAGAUCUAUUCACUAUUCAAACAAGCAACAGUUGGUGAUUGCAAUACAGACCGACCUGGCAUGUUGGACUUGAAAGGAAAAGCCAAGUGGGAUGCCUGGGACAGCAAGAAAGGAAUUGCUCAAGCUGAGGCCCGGGUGCAGUAUGUAGCUAAAGUGGAAGAGCUGAAGGGGAAAUACAACUGAAAUUAUUUCAACACAUGACAGCAUGACUGGAUCAAACGGCUUCUCUUUAGUUUUCAGCGAUUUACUUCAUUUUUGAUCUCUUCACGCCAAGAGUAGCCACAUGCUUGUUUAAUUCUGUUACGUUAGUGAGCUCUUUUUUUACUGUCACAUUUUAUGUAUUGUUUUCACAUAUGUAUCGAACAUAAACACCUGCUUUUGAUAAA